AUGUCCAUCUCACGCGAAGUCAUCUACAUUGACCGCGCAAGUCUCCCUCCAAAGUCAGUCUGUCCACGGGAUUCGUGUCAGUCGCACCAGCUGACCCGCUCACAUCUUCCCACCGACGAUCCCGACACGUUCGAAGCUUUCGUCUACUGGACCCACUUUCGCCGCAUGCCCGUGCUCGAACCACGCGAAACCCUUACAAUGCUCAGCCAACUCUGGGUCUUUGGCGACGCACGUGCGGUUCCACUCCUGCAGAACGAAGCGAUCGCCGAGCUUGUCCUGAUUGCCAGCAAGCACGAACGCAGCUUCCCAGUGGACAUUGUACCGUACAUCUACGAGAAUACCAGACUCGGCUCGCCGCUCCGGCGUGUCAUCAUCGACCUGGUUACCGGCGGAUUUGGGAGGAAGGUAUACAACUUCUUCGGAAAUUGGGACAAGGAGGCGCUCAUCGAUCUCGGGAAGGCGAACUGGAAAGACCGCAAAGAGCGCGGUAUUGCUGGACGAGAAUUGCAGACCAGUGACUACUAUUUGCCACUCUCGGACGAGAAUCGCGAGGGUUCUCGUCUCGCCUCACUCGAUGGUCAGCAAAGGCGACGCCUUCACAACCCGCACAAGGCCACAGCGCCGACAGUCCGGCCAAUUGCAUACCGCACUCUCUCACCUACCCGCCUUAUCUGCGCCAUCUUCGACGAUAUUGGUCACUCGAAGGUUGCUACUUCGGAAAAACUUCGAAGGUCAUCUCUCGAAAUGUUCGGUCGUAGUGGCUGGAAGGCUCGCUACAUCGCGGAGGCAUCGCUUGGCGAGGUGUUGGCCUGA